GAGUGCCAUUCAUAACAUGGCGUUUUGGAGGGUGAAGGUUUCGAACUGUGGACUAUUGCUAUCGCAUUUGCCCCGCCGUAACAGGACAAAAUCGAGGAAGUACGUCCAGUUGUGCCUGUGCCCCUUUUCGAAUGCGGCCUGGAACCACAAGUGCCGAAAUACGGAAUGGAGGCUACGGCCCUGGCAAUGCCUACCGGUGUGCGGCAUCCACAGUUCGAGCCUGCCCAGUCCCAUCAGCGGAGAGGUAACGGUGGUGUACAAGGACGGCCUGCCCGAGAUCACGGUGCCGUUGCCCUCCCGACGAGACCGGUGCCGCUUCACGCUCCGGCCGCUGGGCAGCACGGUGGGCGACUUAAUGCGCAGCAUCUGCGUCGAGGACCGCGGCGUCGACCACGUCACCGUCACCUCCACAGAUGGCGUUCGUAUUGCGUCAACGUCAACUAUCGAGUCUCUCCUGCGGGAAAACUUCAUCCUAACCCUCAACAACCAGGUCUACCUCGUUGAACCGCCAUCUAUAGAGCGCCUGACCAACGAGGAGGCGCAGACGCUGUCCGACCUGAAGACGCUGGUGGCUCGGCUGUACGAGAGCCUCACCGUGAACGAGCACCAGCUGGAGCAGGAGCGCAAGCUGCUGAACCGGCUGCACAGCGUCAAGGAGCAGCUGGGCCCGCUGGAGCGCAAGAAGAGCGAGCUCGUGUCGCUCUCCCAGCGGCGCACCACGCUGCUGUCGUGGCUCGGACUGGGCCUGAUGGGCGUCCAGUUCGGCAUACUGGCCAGGCUCACCUGGUGGGAGUACUCGUGGGACAUCAUGGAGCCCGUCACCUACUUCAUCACCUACGGCACCACCAUGGCCAUGUAUGCCUACUUCGUCGUCACCCGCCAGGACUACGUGCUUCCGGAAGUGCGCGACCGCCAGUUCCUGAUAUCCUUCUACAAGUUCGCCCGGCGCCAAGGCAUGGACGUGUCCCGCUACAACGCCCUGCGGGACGAGCUCUUCGAGAUCGAGGAAGAGCUGCGUCGCCUCAGGGACCCCCUGCAGAAGCACCUCCCCGUGCGCGAACUGGGCGCACCCUGCAAGGAAGAAGACGAGCAGCAGCAGGCCAGCUAGCUCGUCGCCCGAUGGACCGCCCUCUAAAGUUGCCUCGCCACCUCGCUAGAGGCAUCGCCACCCGCGCCUCCCUUGUUUAAUUUAAAAAAAAUUUGUUCUUUCCCUUCUAAUACCACUUCCACCCUCUUGACCUAGUGCUCAGCCCAAUCCCAAAAAGAAAAUUUCGCCUUUACGAACUCGGAGGUGGCUGGUUCGUUGUGGCUGACCGGGCUGCUUUUUAAUCGUACACGUGUAACGGAAGGGCAUUUUAUUUCGGGUACUCUGCGUGGCAUUGAAUCUUCGCGCUGCUGCGGUCGUGUGAGCGAGACUGUCCAGCGGUCGCGCAUUGUGUCCGGCAGAGUGAAAGCUGUGUGUAGGUCCUGUCUCGGCGUCACCAGGUGUUCGACUUGGUCGCGGGGCACUUCAGGCCUGGCGUCACCCACCGCCUGCGCUAAGCUACAUUGUCGGGGCUUACGCAGACACAUGUUCGCCUUUCGUAUAAAUUGAAACAUUGAAGCGUCUCGUUCCCGUGUGACUGAGAGGAGCUCCGUCACGAGUGAAACUCACUGAACCGCUGCAGUAGCGUCGCGAGGCCAUCGCUGGCGCUCGCUGCUAUAUUGUUCGCGGAAAGUGGAAAAAAAGGUUGUGACGAAAACUGUAGCCCGUAGCGUAGGCGCGCUGCCGAGAGAUAGACGACGUUACAUGCAUGCGUCGGUUUUAGGCCCUCUUUGUAACGGGAAGAAAAUCUUUGUCUCUCUUGAACUCCUUCGCGCUUUAGUGCGUAACACUAUACAGUGGCGCGUGUGCACGCGUGUAGAGACAGCGAGUUCCAGAAUGUCUGCGGCGGCCAUUGGCAGUUUCGGAAGCGUGCAAAACAAAAUUAAGUACGGCUUUACGACGGGCCACACGCUCCGUUUUCGUUAAUCUGCAGUGCGCCCCGGAGCGCUACCCCACUACAAGGUCUGUCUAUAGUUUCUUUUGUUUUUCUAGCAUAUUGUAUAACGAAGGCAGCGAGCUUGAGUCAGACUUCUCGAGUGUAUUGUCGUAUGGCAGGCCCCGAGUGCAAACCAGGCCUGUGUGUUCGUGCCAAAACGCCACAUCUGCGUGUGGGUGGCUUCGUUUGUGGGCGUGUGUUUAAAGAAAAAAAAAUAAUUGAAACCCGAAACGCUGCCGCACGCGGUGUCGCAAACCAGGCUCAGUCUCCGUUCCGAAGCGUGUUGUACGGGAGGUGAAUCGGUCGUGGCGUCGGCAACUCGCCCCGGUUUACGUAUUCCACGAACAGCCACGUGUGCGCGACUCCUAGUGAAGCAGUUCGUAUUGCAGGCUUAAGUGCUGCGAGUCGCUCCCGCUGAUUAGGGAUCCGGUAUACAUAGUUCGGGCGCGCGCCGUUUCGAGCCGGCGUGCGAGUAAUAUGGCGAUAUCGUGUGGGUGGCGUUGCCUCUACAACAUCCCGUGUAGACAUGUGUAACUCUCCGAUUCUCGUACUUAACAAGAAACCGAAGCCCAGCGUGAGAGCAAAAAAAAAAAAAAAAAGUGUGCCGUUAUAUAUACCAGCGCAUAUAGGACACGAUCGUAUGCGUGCCUGUAAGCGGUCGUGUUCUGAGCUAACUGGAUGAAUGAAAGGUGCAUAGCUCCUGACAUAGCUAUACAGUUGUCGGCAAAAAUAACAAAAUAUGGAUUUGGGAUUCCACCACUUCCAACUUAUUCGUGCAAGCUUUCUAAUCGAUUCGAGAUUUCGUGCUGCUUUUUUGUUAUCAGCAGGGCGUGUUAAUGAAUGUCGCGUUCUUCGAGUGUUUUUUUUUUUUUUUUUUACUUAUUUUUUGUUGUCGCCGAGCGUCCUUGUAUACAGUGAGAGUGCUCGAGCGCGACGUUCUUUAUUGUCAAGUCUAUAUUUUGCAUGUUCUCGGGCUGUACGCAGCUCGACGAUGAAAGUGAUCACUGCCUUGAGACUUGCUGUACGCCGAAAGGUUCGAAUUUUGGCGUCUUGUGAGCUGUGUGAUUUGUUGUUGCUUGGUUGGGUGGGGGGAAUUUGAUGAGCGAUGAGAGAGAUACUUCUCCGUGGCGCGGGCCUUCAUGAUGUGCAAUGGAGUGCAUGGAUUGAUUUAAAGGGCGCUGUUCGUCGAGGAUUCUGAGAUUAUCGGGAAAAGCAACGGUUCUUUUUCUUCUUCGUUUUACUGUUUUCUAUUUUUAUACCAACAACGAAUAUUUGAAAGUUUGAGAAAUUGUCCCAUUAUGCAUAUGACCGAACGUAUGUGCUUAGACUACUCUGCAAAGCCUUUAUUUUUGUCUUGUUUUUUUACUUACUUUUUCUCUCGGCGUUCACGAGAUUAAAAUGGUUUCCUCGCAACCGAUGCAUACAACUGAUCUUUAUUGCGGGCACCCCUACUCUCCGAGUGUCUGAUUCAAGCUACAUAUCUUGCUCUGUGCGAGGUGGCUGAAGGUUUUGAUGGUCCGUACUUGUUGCCUUGCCGCGGAAGAUAGACGGUUUGGCAGGCAUCCCAGGACUCGAGUGAACUUCUCCCGAGGCCUCGCUCGGUUCCGAUUCGUUGCCUGCACUGUUUAAUGUUACUGAUCGUUAUAUUUAAUGCGAAUUUUCCUAACUGUGAACCUUCAAGGGGCGGCUUCAGAGUGAAGCAUGCUUUAUUUUUCCCCGGAUAUUAUAAAACGAACACAACGGUUUAUUUUUGGUUAUGCAGAAGGGAACGUUAAUCAGAGUCUGCAGCAGUGAUGACUACAGAGUGGUGAUACCGACGUGAUAUGCGCAUCUUCGCGAACGCUGAGCGGCCGAGGUAUAAGCAUGCUGGCACUCCCAUUGGGAGCUUCGAGAGCGCCUGGGCUCUCUGAUAUCUACGAGGUGUUGCUUCGACGCAGACAGUCUUUCUGUAGCCGAACUUUGCUCGCAAUUGCACCCGCUUCUCGGAAAUACAGGUCUCUCGGCUACCGCCGACGCUUGUCGACCCACAUUGCGGCGCCUGGCGUUUCAACUUCCUCGUGCACCGUCUGUCGCAGUCUCGCGUGUUUGCGCGCGACAGACUAUGACAGAGAAGGCAUUCUCGCGAGAGAUCGCGGAUAGGCUCCGUCGAAGCUACGCGCGCUGUGAUGCGGCAAAACCCAAUGCGCGCGGGGCCCUCGAUACAGCCUUCGCCGGAACGUGCCGGCCGAGGACAGUGAUGACACGAACAAGUUUUUUUUUUUUUUUCCAAACCUUUCUCGGGGUCAGGCAACUGUCUUGCGACGACUGUUUCACAAACGAUCCACGUGCCAAAAAUUAAAGUAGGGUGGAACUCGUCCGUCUGGAGCCCGGCGCUCCAAUAUUUAUUUCUUAUUCCGAGCAAUAUUUCGCAGGCGCACUGCUUCGCUCUUGGUGAAUGUCAGCGUGUCAUGUGAGUCUCCUCCUCUCGUGGUUGACAAAAAAAAAAAAAAAAAAAAGUGGAGGUGGGACCGGGAGGGGGGAGGAGAUACGCAUGAUACGAAUGUUGUGUCGGGCAUGCAGCGGGGUCAGUCUAGUCACGAGUCGUCCUUUGACCCUUCCACCGAGUAAACUGUCCUCUCGCUUUCCGUAGGGAGCUUUCCACGCGCUUCCGUACUCCUGCACCUUUUUCCCACUCCCGACCAAAUCCGGUCGUCAGUUUCAGAGUUCCAAGCGCUUUUGGGGACACUAAUAUACCUUUGUUUCUGGGUUUGUGUUCAGUAAAAAAACGUUCGGCGACGUGCUUUCUUAUUUUUUUUUUUCUUAUACGCCGUGGUGCAUUCAGCAGCUUGUUUUGGCGCAUUACCGUGAUACGUGUUUAGUUGAGUUGCAGGAAAAAGAAAAAAUCGCUGUUUCCUUGUUUUUAUCGUUUCUUUUAUCUGUUGUUCUCGAGUGGGGGUGGUUUUACUCGAUUUGUCUGCUCGAUGGACGGUCAUUGCUGUUUUUUUUUUUUUUUUUUUUUGUAUGUGUUGUUGAUGGUUACAUGAUGUUAUCCCUCGUUUUUUUUUUUUUUUUUCGCGUUGAUUUAGAAUGUUUUGAGAUGAACGGGUGACACUGCAAUGGGAGGGAGGGGGGGGGGGGGGUGAACUGCAUUCGCGAAUCUUCGUGCGCAGCGGCUCCGUACUUACACGCAAGAAAGCAAGAUGCGAGUUUGCAGAGUACUUAAAACAAUACUUCUAUGCCUUUCACCACGAUUGCAGGAAACAUAGCAUGUUUGAUAAAGCUAUAUAUACGACAUACUGUAGCACAACGUUUCGAGUGUGGCGUACGACGAGUCUCUCUCCUUCCCGUUUUUAAACCUUGUCCUUCGACGCCUAUGCCGACUAUCUUUCCGAUGUACGCUAUGUACACUCUAUAGCUGAAUUUACACUCGCGUAAUGAUUAAAUAAAAAACAUUAACAUAGCUGCUCUCUCGUGAGGAAAGGUCCAGUUCUACAAUGUAGCGAAUAAUAUAACCGUUUUGUAGAAAAGGCAAAGGGAAAAAAAAAAUGUCUCAAAUUGCCCGCGCUUACGGGGGGUGACCUUCCCUGUAUACUCGCAGGCGUGCAUGACGCGUCCUUCCUAUAGAGGGCGUACUUGUUUUUACAUUUAAUGUAAAUAGUACACUAUGCACAGCAGUGUGCUCUAUACCAAUGACGAGGCUGAUCUAUCAAUCUAUAUUUCUCUGGUGAAUUACUGGUGAUUAUAUAUAUAUAUUAUACAUAAUAUAUGCAUUCAUGGUACACUUAACGACAGAAUGCCUCCCCCAGAAUUAUAGGUUUUAUAGGUUUUCUCGAGCUCCAUCGUUUAAUGUGCUAUACUUGCGACUUGCCGCAAGGUUCAGCAUCGUUGCGCCAAGCUUGCGAUGCAUCGCCUACGGGCUCGCUGAAAGAUUUAUUCUCCACUAUUAUUUUUUUUCCCCGCAGUCCCCGUAUUUUGUCUCGUGUCGCCGUUAAUCGCACCCAUGGUCCGGCACAAGUGGCCGUCCACCGCCGCAGUUAGUAAUGCCUGCUUUGGCUCCCUAGGGUAUUGCAAGCCGCCACGUAUUUGGCGUCGUCGUAUACAUACAUAUGGCUUUGGUUGGCUGUUGUACAACCAUCAAUAAAUAGCAGGCAACCGUGGCGGAGGUUAUGACGCGCCAUGUGACAUUGGCCGCACAGGAGACGCAAAAGCAAACAAGCAAAAAAAAAGCAAAAAGUAUAAAAAGAAAACCGGAAUAACAUAACGUCUCCGCUACCUUUGCGCGCAGCCUAGAAUUUGAAAGGGUGAUGCGCUUUUUCGUAUGGAAGUGCAGUGCGUUUGGGUUUGCGUGCUCAAACUUUGGGAUUUGCGUGCUUAAGCGUCGACGGAAUUGUUAUUUACCAGCUCCGAUUUUCCGCGGGGUCUUGUGAGCGAUUGCACAACAUUUCUUCUUAAUUACCGGGACACGCUGUAACUUGCGGAAAAGUUAGCUUUGUCAAAAUGCUGUUUGCAGCUUAUAUAUACAGUGUAUCGCUGCGCCCACAAAUUGAAUCGACUGCGUGCUUGAUUCCAAUGCAGAAAUGUGCACAUGUUGGGCAUUAGAUGGAGCCGCCAUUUGUUUUGUGCUGCACCACCCACGUGGCUCACGUUGGAGGCCACUUGGCCAGGAUGAUUGGUUCUGUUCCUGGCGAAAGCUAUACAAUGCGUGUCUCGAUAAGCUCACGCAAUGUCUUUCUUUCUUUCCCGAGUUGUAUUUUGUGAAUGUGUACGUACUCUUGAUCUAGUAUGUAUACGUUUGUGGCUCGAGCUGUUGGUGCUCUGUAUAUGCGCGCAGAGUUGACGCUAGGUGCGGCUGUGUUUUGUUAAGCCCUGUUACGCGCACUUGUUGUUCGACAUACGAAGAAAAAACACAAAGAGCUUAUAUAUGAGACUCUCUCCUUCGAGACUUGUAGUCUAUAUCCUGCAGUGCAGAAUAUCUUGUUGCGGUGCAUUUUUUUCCCCUUUGCUGCCCACGUUUGUUGCUUUGUUCACGGUUUCCAUUUUUUUUUUUUUCGACGAUGAAAGCAAAAAUAAAAAGGAUUGACUACCUGCGAAAA